CUGAAACUCAUCAGGUAGAAGUGGUCAUCUUGAUCUAACACUUAAUUCUUGAAACUAAUUGACAUGGAAAUGUGAAUGAAUCUUUAUGAAGAAAAUCAAGAUGCAAAGUUAAACCUUUUCUAGUCUAAACUUUCCACAAUUUCUUGUAGAAAGAUUCUACACAGCACCAAAAUCAUUACAACAAAGACUUGCAGUAGUUGAUGUUAUUAUCUUAUUUUUACUCAGUCGGGGGAAAAUUCCCAGAAGCAAAAUGUCAUGCGAGACCUCCGUAUCCGUAAGCUGUGCUUAAACAUCUGUGUUGGUGAAAGUGGUGAUCGUCUGACAAGAGCUGCAAAGGUUCUUGAACAGCUGACUGGGCAGCAGCCAGUUUAUUCUAAAGGUAAUUUAUUUUUCUCAUUGUGAUUUAGUAAUUUUUUGUGUGGUGUUAAUUGUGAUGUUGGAUUAUUCUGUUGUUUAGAUCAAUUUUCAAUUGAGCAUGGAAAGUACUUCAGGAUAGCUUUGUUUUUUUGCAUUGUUUUGUCAUGUGAUUGGUCCAGGAAACUCACGUCACUUUCUCAACCAAUCAAUGGUGGCUUGGUAACUCACUUUCCCUGCCCUUUAGACAGUUUGCUUGAUUUUACUUUGAGUUCUCAUUGGCUACUUGUGAUAUUUUCCUUCCUAUGAUUGGCUGUUUUAUGUACUUUGAGUUUGCUUUUACAUCACCCAAUUGAAAAGCAUUCUAUUUGUUGGUUUCUUUGCCUAGCUUCACUCUCCUCUGCUUUACUCUACCUUCUUUCUACUAUUCAUUCUUCACUCUUCACAGUUUAAGCUUUGCUUCACUCUAUGCUUUGUGAAGGAAAUGUGUGCCUUUUACUCUCUCUUAACCAAUUAGAUGCAAACCAUUAUUACGCCAAAUCAUGCUUUCGCUUUUUUUAGACUGUUUAUGUGUGUCUACAUGUCUCCUUGAGAUAGUUACUUUUCUUCUUAUUGGUUACUGUAGUUACCCAUUUUUCCUUUUACAACAGUCUAUCUGAAAGCAUUCCUUCCGUUACAACAUACUUUUAGUGUAACAAGUUCUUGAGGGCUUUAUCAAAGUGAAUUGGUUCAUAAAAAAGCACUUUUCAUCUAUCAUCAAUGUUUACUACACCUUAGUUGCCGCAAAGGGAUCACAAGUAACAUGUGUUUGUUGCUGCCUUUUCACAGGAACAAUUGAUCAAAUGUUAGUUAAACACAGAAGUUGUUUCCAUGCCAUAAAGUUUCUCUGUAUGAUUUUUUAAAAAGCCUGAUUUUCUUCAUAGCCCGCUACACUGUGCGUUCAUUUGGCAUUCGUCGUAAUGAGAAGAUUGCUGUACACUGCACUGUGCGAGGUGCCAAAGCUGAAGAAAUCCUAGAGAAGGGUUUGAAGGUAAACAUAGGCUCUCAAAAUAUGUAGAAUCUGAGUCCUUUUCUGAUAUCUUUAAUGUAUGCUUCAGGAAAUUUGAUGCUAAUCAAGGUAUUUUUGCAUGGAUGAUGAUUGAGGGUGUGUGUAGUUCAAAUAUACAAUUCCUUCUCUUGCUAACCAAGGUCCAUACUGUAAGUUAUAGACCAAGUUUUUCCUGCUUGAAUCUAUAACUCAAAAAAAAAAAAAAAAAAAAAAAAGAAAAGAAAGAAAACAGCCCACUGAAUUGACUAAUCAUAGUGUACAUACUAAAUGAGAGAUGAUAUAAAAACAUUUACAACAGAGGUAGAGUUCACUGGUAGGAACAAUCUGAUGUUAAAUAACAAGACAUUUAGCCUUGUGGACUCAUGGUGGAUAAGACUAGGGCAACCCUGGCUGGGUCUUUGUGGUGUUUGUGGACAUUUUAUUUGCUUUUAUAACACCUCUCUCCACCCAGGGGUUUAAAUGAGUACUGGCAAACUGUCAUGGAAACCUAAAAGAAAGGUGAAGGGCUACCUUAAACCUUCACACCUUUUACAUUGGUAUUCAUAUUCUCCACACUGUCUUCUUCACAUUUCCUAUUGUCUUCACAGGGAGAAUUUGUUUGACAAUCAAGAGCCUCUUUGAUUGGUCAUCAUUAAUUUUCCUUUAUUGUUAUGAGCUUUACAUAUGAUUCAAGUAUGAUACUUGAAGGAGAAAUUAGAUGCCAGUUACUCCUAGAGACUAGUAUCAUAUCCAAAGGGCAGUGGUAAUACGCAUAGCUGGUCAGAUCAUGCUACAGAAAGCAGUUAACCAUUUAACUCUUAAGAUCUGAUUGUUAAUUCUCCCCUCUAGCUGCUACACAUUUCCUUGUAAAGUAGUUAUGAGAAUUUGCUGUUAUAUCUAGAAGACAACUUCUACCUGAAAAGUUUGAGUAUUCUCAUGACCUGUUUGCUGGAUAAUGUAUGGAUAUUAUUGGGAGAAAUUGCAUAUUGAUCAUUGCUGGGAGUUAAAGGGUUAAAGCUCAACUUGUACUAAUGUAUGACCAGGCUUAGAUUUAACAAAGGCAGACUGGAACUAAGUGGUUUUUGUUUUUUGUUUCAAUAGGUUCGUGAAUAUGAGCUUUCAAAGGAUAACUUCUCUAAAACUGGAAACUUUGGUUUUGGAAUCCAAGAACAUAUUGAUCUUGGAAUUAAAUAUGACCCCAGUAUUGGGAUUUAUGGCAUGGAUUUCUACGUAGUGCUGGGACGUCCUGGUUUCAGUGUUGCUGAACGAAAAAGGAAGCAAUCCAGAAUUGGCUACAAGCAUCUGAUAUCAAAGGAUGAAUCCAUGAAGUGGUUCCAACAGAAGGUAAGGCCUGGAAACCCUUAUACUUUAACGUCACUAUGCAUAUUCUUCACUCUUUUCUCUACACAUUGCCUUUGGUAUUGAAAAGGAGAAUUUGUCAAACAAUCAAGUGUCUCAUUAAUUUGUGAUCAUUUCCUUUAUUGCCAUGAUUUUAUGUUUGAUACAGAGGUGAUACUGUCCAGAGAAAUUAGACAUCAGUCAAUUAAGGGAGGUAGGCCCUAUUAAAACCGGCUUAAAGCUGAACUGGGCCAGCCUGUUAACCCCCCUUUUACUUUGGGGAGCUGAG